ACUUAACCGCUUACACCACCUGCACUAGCCCCCAUUUAAACAACUUACACCACCUAGACCAGCACCCACUUAACAGCUUACACCACCUACACUAGCACCCAUUUAAACAACUUACUCCACCUACACCAGCACCAACUUAAACAUCAUUGUUGCUCCAUCAGAAUAUUCCAAACAUUUUUCAAAACUGAUUUUAACAUCUAUUUCAAUUUUUGUACCAAGGAAUUUAAAAAAUAAUAUUAGUUAAGGAGAAAAGAGCUCACACAUUACUGAAAUUUAAUACAUUAUUUAUUAAAAUUUACAAACAAAAAUACAUUGCAGUAUUUGAUAGUCAAAAGAAAUAUUUUUGUGAUUUUUUUCGCAUAAAUUUGUAUUGGUUACAAGAGUUUAUUUACAUGAAAAGAAUUGCCCAUCAGUUGUCAAUAUUAUUAUGCUUUUUAAAAGUCUACAUUGGAGACUGUAUUAAAUAAGAGACAAUAGAGACAGAGAAUACAAAAUGUGCAGUACAGUUAUGUUAUGUGAAGGAGUGCGUAGCAUACAAUGAAUUACUGGUUUAUUGAGUGUUAAAACAUGAAAUAAAAUAAAUUCAACAUGAAGGUAGUAAGUAAAGUCCAUCAGUGUCCUGUUUGUGAACAAGUUUUUCCAACUAAUUAUGAACUCAUAAGACAUAACAUUACUCAUACAGGAGAGAAGCCGUAUCAUUGUUCAGUGUGUCUGAAAGGUUUUAUCAGUAAAUCCUCAUUAAAGGAACACGAGAAAAUUCAUACAGGAGAGAAGCCAUAUCAGUGUUCAGUGUGUCAGAAAAACUUUAGGAAAAAAUCCUCACUAAAUAAACAUGAGCAAAUUCAUACAGGAGAGAAGCCAUAUCAGUGUUCAGUGUGUCAGAAAGACUUUAGGAAUAAAUACUCACUAGGACAACAUGAGAGCAUUCAUACGGGAGAGAAACCAUAUCAGUGUUCACUGUGUCUGAAAGAUUUCAGGGAUAAAUGCUCACUAAAUAAACAUCUGAGAAUUCAUACAGAAGAGAAGCCGUAUCAGUGUUCAGUGUGUCUGAGAGAUUUCAGGGAUAAAUCUUCACUAAAUAAACAUAAGAAAAUUCAUACGGGACUGAAGCCACAUCAAUGUUCAGUGUGUCAGAAAGACUUUCUUCUUAAAUACUCACUGAAACAACAUCAGAGAAUUCAUACAGGAGAGAAGCCAUAUCAGUGUUCAGUGUGUCAGAAAGUUUUCGCUGAUAAAUCCUCACUAAAUAGACAUCAGGGAAUUCAUAUAGGACAUAAACCAUAUCGGUGUUCAGUGUGUCUGAAAGCCUUCAGUGGCAAAACUGCACUAAAUAAUCAUGAAAGAAUUCAUACAGGAAAGAAGCAAUAUCAGUGUCGUGGAUGUCGCAAAAACUUUUUAGAAAAAUCCUCACUAUAUGAACAUCAGAAGGUUCAUGAAGGAGAGAAAUCAUAUCAUUGUUCAGUGUGUCUAAAAGACUUUAUUAAUAAAUAUGUACUCAAACAGCAUGAGAGAACUCAUACAGGAGAGAAACCCUAUCAGUGUUCGGUGUGUUAUAAAGACUUUGGACGCAAGGUUUACCUGAAUUCACAUAUGAAACGACAUAUUGGAAAGAAGCCAUAUCAGUGUGCAGUGUGUACAAAAUUAUUUACAGCAAAAGGUUCUCUGGUAAAACAUAUGCGCUUUCAUACUGGAGAGAAGCCAUUUCAGUGUUCAGUGUGUGUAAAACAGUUUUCAGAAAAAUCUUCUCUUGUGAAUCACCUAAAGAUUCAUACAGUAGAAAAAAUACACGAGUGUCUUGAGUGUCAUGAAAUAUUUUCAAGUAACUCUCUUUUAGUUCAGCACAUGACACUUCAUAAAGAAGAUAAACCAUACAAGUGUUCAGAGUGUCUGGAAAGUUUCUCAACAGAAGAAAGUUUAGAAGAACAUUUUAAAAUUCAUACAAGGGAAACACCAUACAAGUGUUCAGUGUGUCAGGAAAGUUUCUCAACAGAAGAAAGUUUAGGAGAACAUUUUAAAAUUCAUACAAGGGAAACACCAUACAAGUGUUCAGUGUGUCAGGAAAACUUCUCAACAGAAGAAAGUUUAGAAGAACAUUUUAAAAUUCAUGUAAGAGACACACCAUACAAGUGUUCAGAGUGCCAGGAAAGCUUUUCAGUAGAAGAAAGUUUAGAAGAACAUUUUAAAAUUCAUAUAAGGGAAACACCAUACGAGUGUUCAGAGUGUCAAGAAGGCUUUUCAAGAAAAGCAAAUUUAUUAUUGCAUAAAAAAAUUCAUAAGGGGGAAAAAACAUACACUUGCUCACAGUGCUCACAAAGCUUUUCACAAAAAUUAGAAUUUGAAAAUCACUUGAAAGAUCACAACACAGAACAACCAUAUCAAUGUUCAAGGUGUCCGGAAAGUUUUUCCCACAAAACUGACCUAGUACAUCAUAUGAUAACUCAUGUAUAAGAGAGAAU